CUGUACCGCUUCAAUUUAAAUCUCAGGUCAACAAACGUCGCAAAAAGUCAUUUUUAUAAAAAGUUUUGUUGAUUAACAUCUCAGAGAAUUUUAUUUCCAAGACGUAGCUAUGUAUAUUUUGAUUUUGUUUAUCAUCUUCUUUCCAGUUUGUCAAGUACUGGGUACAGGGCAAUGGAGCAUGUCUGCCUAUCCACCGACUACCAUGCGAGGAAAUAGUGUUAGCAUAUAUUGUUAUUACUACAUGAAUACAGACAGGAUAAUUCCUGAAAUGUUUAUGGAAAUCCGGCAAACUAAAAACAGCGACUGGAAGGAAAUUGCAAUGACAAACACUACAGGAUCCUAUCUCCUUGUGAAGGAUCAGGAUCAACAAAAUUAUUCAAUAUCCUCAUCCUAUGUUUGCUAUGAAGGGUUUAGAUGUGGUAUCAGGAUUUUUGCAUCCUUUGCAUUGAGCAAUUGUACGGUAGAUCCGGACCUCUACUCGAUCUUCAGAUGUAAAGUUUCCAACGGAAGUCAGACUUUUAAAAGCAGCGAAAAAAGUUUUGUGUCAACAAAAGGUCAACUUCCUUCAGAAAUGCAAAAUCCAACCAUUAUAAGAAGCAAUGGUGAAAUACAAACGGGUGGUAAAGAUCCUUUCAGACCCGGAGAUGUGAUCCAUCUACAAUGUGAAGGAGAAAUUGAGAGUGUUAAUGGCAACCUAGCGAGAAAUUGCUAUGAGAAUACUCAUCAGUUUCUAUGUUUCUGUUUAAAAGAUAUUAAAAGAUAUUAUAUAAGGUGGUGCAAGAAAAAAUUAGGAACAUUUGAUGAAAUACCUUUACAAAAUCCUCCAAACUCUGGUUUGGUACGGAGCAGCAAGGAUGGUUGCACAAAUGUGCAGAAGUCGGAAAUAUUUUACCAUAUCAUGGAUAGUGAUGCACAUCUGGAAAUUAUGUGCGAAUCCGGAUAUAACACACGUAGGAAAAAAUGUGGUAAUGGAAGCGCAAACUCAACAAUUAUAUUAAACACAAGCAUUACAAGUAAUGGUAAUUAUUAUAAUUAA